AUGGAUCGUGAGGUUGAAGAAUCUGAGUUUAGACAAAGUGGAUCUUUUGGUCACGCAAGCAGUGUGGCUUCUUCUUUGAGGAGGCGUUCUUUAAGUUUAUCAGAUGCUGUCUCCCAUCAGGUGGACGGUGAUACUGAAAGUGAGUCAGUUUCAGAGGCAGGAGAUAUUGGGGAUCGCGCACUUCACAGCAACAGGUACAGUGGAAGUGGUAGACUUCACUUAUCUGCUGAUAAUGUGGUAGAAAAUGGGAUUGUCGUUCCCAUUCCAGAGGAUGCUCUGUUGCAAUCGUAUGGGGUUCGAUCUCGUGAUCUCGCUGCAUCAAUCACUAUCGCCCCGGUAUCCCCAUCAAUGUUGGAAAGCACAUCUUCUUUGUCCGCUGAAGCUAUUGCACACUCUGGAGACAACAACAAAGAUGAUACAAAGGAGCUUCUAUGGUUAGUGGAGUAUAUAUCAUGCCUUAUUCAUCUUGCCGUGUUUGGUAUUCUUGGGGUGUUAACAAGGUACUUACUGCAAAAACUGUUUGGCCCUGGAGUUGUUGGUGCAACAAAUGACCAAAGCUAUAUGUACCUUGAUCUUCCUUCUAAUAUGGUUGGUUCAUUCUUGAUGGGGUGGUGGGGCGUUGUCUUUAAAAGAGACAUAUCUAAAGUUUCGGAUCAGUUAGCCAUUGGGUUAACAACUGGUUAUUUGGGAAGCCUCACAACAUUCAGUGGUUGGAAUCAGAAAAUGCUAGAUCUCAGUGUUGACGGCCACUGGGUUUUUGCCGUGCUCGGCAUUCUCAUAGGUUUGUUCCUUGUUGCGUAUUCCAUCAUUUUUGGGAUCGAGACUGCCAAGGGUGUCAAAUGGCUUCUCAAGAGGUUAAUCAAAAGUUCAAAACAUGGCAUCUCUAGUUCAAAAAAUAACUGGAAAGUGGACACCUGCGAGCGCCACUUGGCAGUUGUGGUGGUGCUGUUAUUCAUGCUAGGCUUGUUAUAUGGUGUGAGUGGGACUUUGGAGAGAAGAGAGUUCAACAGUGGCAAUAGUGGAGCUCAGCUCUGGUUGGCUUGCAUGGUUGCACCUCUUGGUGUCUGGAUAAGAUGGUUCUUAGCACGACUCAAUGGACGUGGCCUAGGAAAAGCGGGCUUGUUGAAAUGGGUUCCUUUCGGAACUAUGAUUGCCAAUGUAUUAGCUGCUUGCAUCAUGGCAGCCCUAGCAACAGUGAAGAAAGUGGUGAAAACCAAGACUUGUGAUACUGUUGCAACCGGUAUACAGUUUGGGCUGUUGGGUUGUUUAAGUACUGUUUCUACAUUCAUUGCAGAAUUUCAUGCUAUGAGAGAGAGUAGACACCCUUGGAGAGCAUACACAUAUGCUAUGCUCACAAUUAUGAUCUCAUUUGGUUUCGGUACACUGAUAUACUCAGUACCUGUUUGGACCAAGGCAUAUGUUUAG